AUGAAGGUCAAAAUCAAGGAAUGGUCCGCCGUGGCCACCUGGGUCUGGGACGUCCGUGAUCCAGACGACGUAUGUGGUAUCUGCCAAAACAACUUUGAUGGAGUUUGUGGAAGCUGCAAGACGCCAAAGGGGGGUGAUGAGUGUCCUCUUCUAUUUGGAGAAUGCACACACGUCUUCCACAUGCACUGUAUCUUAAAAUGGCUCGAUGGAGACGCAAAGGACCUCUGCCCCAUGUGCAAGAGGAAGUGGGGUGAGUAG